CUGUUUCCUUCACCAGUCAAGCUCGAUAGUUGUUACGAACAAGCCACUGGAAGGAAGUCUGCCAGAGACAUUCUGACAAGUGUGUACUAGUAGUGUGUGGCCAGUAUCGUCGUCUCGCAUAAGCCAAAACCUUUGAAAUGCGCUUCUUUGUGGUUCUAGCCACCUGCCUUGCCGUAGCGUCGGCCGAUAUAGGGCUCAAGCUGCGCCAGGGAGCAGCGGCCGGUAGCAGCAGCUACGCCGGUAGCCAAGGUGCAGUGACCAUCGAUUACUCACCCACCGUCUUCGAAGACACGGUCGUCGGUGGAGCUGCAUCCGGUGCCAGUGGCGGCUCAUACGCUGGAGCCGGCUCGUACGGCGGCGCUUCCUCCGGAGCGUCCAGCAAUGCUUACGCAGGCGCUGCCAGCGGUGUACAAUACAACCAGGCGGGACUUUUUGGCGGUGCUGGUGCAUCUGCCGAUUCGUCUGCAUCGGCCGGCUCAUUCGGUGGGGCCGGUUCAUUCGCAGGAUCCAACGCUAACAGCUUCGCCAGUAGUGGCGCGUUCGGCUCGUCUUCGGCCGGUGCAUCCGCCUUUGCCCAGGCCAAGACGGAGGUCCGUUAUGAAGCCCCGGUGAUCAAGAAGAACUUCUACUACCACGUAGCGCAGGACGAUGCGAUUGAUGAAACCGAAACCAAAACCCUCACCAUCACGCCCCGCAAGCACUACAAGGUCAUCUUCAUCAAGGCCCCGUCUGCCAGCGCCAACGCCGGUGCAUCGUCCAAGGCAGCCAGCCAAACGGAAGAGAAGACGAUCGUCUACGUGCUCGUCAACAAGCCGGCUAAGGCAAACGCCACUAGUGAGGCCGAGGCAAGCUCUUACUACUCUGGCAAGCCGGAGGUAUACUUCGUCAAGUACCAGGGUGCUCAGGCUACCUCUAGUUCAAGCUCUAAAUCGCAAUCGGGUGGAUCGAUUGCCAUCAGCGAUGCCAAUGCUGUCGCUGGUGCAAAUGCUAUCUCUGGCGCUGGAGCCAAUGCUUACUCUGGCGCUGGUGCCAAUGCUUACUCUGGCGCUGGUGCCAAUGCUUACUCUGGCACUGGGGCUGGAUCCCGUGGUGCCGGUAUCAUCACUGGUGCAAAUUCACUCGCUAAUGCUGGUGCAUUGGCCGGAAACAGUGGAUACAACUCUGUCGGAGCUUCUGCCCAAGCUGCUGCCCAAUCCACUACCGGAGGACUGGCAUUUACGCCCUAG